GGACCACCUGGAGAACCAGGCCCACCUGGACCCCCAGGUUCUCCUGGCCCCCCUACAGCCGCUGUGGAUGACCUUUUUGGAACAUCUUUCGACCUUGAUGUCGAAUACGAGCCAGAGGAACCUCCACCUCCCCCGCCAGAGUUCAACGAGGAUGAGGCAAGGCCUAAUAACGGAUCUGAUACAGUUCGGGUCGACAGUGAGGUUCACUUGUCUCUGAAGAUCUUGGGAAGUCAGCUGGACAGCAUGCGCAGUCCUGAUGGCACUCGCCAAUAUCCUGCCCGCACAUGUCAGGACCUGAAGCAGUGCUAUUCUCUGAAGAAGAGCGGUGAAUACUGGAUAGACCCAAAUGAGGGCAGCCCUAGAGAUGCCAUCCAAGUGUACUGUAACAUGGAAAUGGGGGAGACAUGUAUUCCUGCCAACCCUGCCAGUAUCCCACGAAAGAACUGGUGGACUUCACGCUCCAGCAUACCAAAACCAGUCUGGUUUGGAGCAAUCAUGAACCGGGGGACUAAGUUCACCUAUGGAGACAAAGAGACACCAGCUAACGCUGUAUCCGUCCAGUUGAGAUUUCUCCGUCUGCUAUCAAAGGAAGCAGCACAGACGGUCACCUAUCACUGCAAAAACAGCGUGGCCUAUAAAGAUGAGAAAAACAGCAAUCUGAAGAAGGCUUUAGUCCUAAAGGCUUCUGAUGGACAGGACAUCAAGGCAUACAGCAGCAACCGUCUGAAGUACACAGUCUUAGAGGACGGCUGCUCUAAACCCAACGAUGAAUGGGGCAAGACCGUCUUUGAGUACCGCACACAAACACUUUCACGGCUGCCCAUUGUGGACUUGGCUCCAGUGGACGUAGGUGGCAAAGAUCAGGAGUUUGGCAUUGAUAUCGGCCAUGUGUGCUUCUCAUGAAACCAGGAUAAAAGCAUCAUCAUUUGGACUUGAGCACUCUGCCAGUACAGUAUUUAUUGUCGAACACCAUCUGUAAGGGCCUUGAGGAAUGUCUGACCUUUAUUUCAUGAUUAUUCAUGAUAGUUUCCACUAGCCUGUGGUGUAUGAGUGCAUGAAAGACUAUAUGGACCUCCUAAUUUAUACUUUCUAUACCAGGUGUUAUAAAAAAUGUGUGAAAACAUUCAUUGAAAUUAACUGAAAAAGUCAUGUUUACAAAUUUGAUGGUGCCUUGCCUGUCUAAACUGUAUAUUGUUUUGAAGAUGUUGUUCACUCUUAAAUCACAAUCAUUUCAAGUGGAUUUUGAAGGUCAAGUGGAGAGAUGAGAGACGAGUUUGUUUGUGUUGUAUUAAAGUGGGAUAAUUAUUCAGGACGGCAUAUCUGCAUUCAAUUCCCCAGCAGAGCUCUUCCCAAGCCCAAAAACUACUGUUUUUUGUUGAUAGCAAACUGUUGGACAGAUGAUUCAUUUAAACUUAAUUAUUAAUGAGAACUCACACAGAAACCAAUGCUGGUCUCAUUAAAAGGCUAAUUAGCCCAUAAUACAGGACAAAGAAACAUUUUUAUCCAGCUUUUUACAGCACAUGCCCAUUUGUACUCUUAUGGGGGUCAAUUCUUUGUAAUGA